AUGUUUUCCAGGCCAAUUGACCCUGAAAAAGAUGGUGCUCCUGAUUAUUAUGAAGUUAUAAAAAAUCCUCAAGAUUUAGGAACCAUCAGGCAGAAACUUCUGGACCGCAAGUAUACCCGAAUGGAAGAUUGGAUCUCUGACAUACGACUUGUUUGGUCAAAUUCCAUUCAAUAUAAUGGAGAAUUAUCAUUUAUUGCGGAUAUCGCUAGAUUUCUUUCCAAAAUCUUUAUAAAACAACUACUCGAGAUAGGGCAUGCUAACGUUUCAGAGUGGAGUCAAGCUGUCACAGAUUACUACGAUAAAAUUACAAAACAGCUAACAAAUUCUCCAGAAAUUUUAGCAAAAUACUAUUCAAAAUAUGACUUCACAAAGAAGAGUUCAUCUAGUGAUCUAAAAGAUUUGGCUGACAAUGGACUUUUCUCUUCAAGCUCAGAAAUUUUGCAUGUUUUACAAAUUCUUGCCCUUAGUGGUGUAAAUAUCGAUUCUCAGAAAGAUGAUCUUAGUAUUGAUCUCACACAGCUCCCAGAAUCUGCAAUUGAUGGAAUUUCUAACUACAUAAAAGAUCUGAAGAGAAAAAAGAAGCCAGGAAAGUGA